AUGACGUCAUUAGACAUUUGGUCGUGUGUCGCCACAUGUCGGAGAACGUCGGGCUGUUUGUCGUUGAAUACCCGUAAUCAUAGCGAUGGCAUGGUUUACUGUGCACUGACCAAGUCCAAUCGGCAGUCCUUUGGCAUAAACCUUAUUGCUAGCAGUUUGCCUGGACAACAAUAUUUGGAAUUGCUAGUCCGACUUCACGCCCCAGGGCGUCUAGUUUUACAGAAAAACGAAACAAAGUUCAGAAUUGGUCGAGUUCAACCUCAUACCCAGGCUCUUAUCGCCAAGCGAGUGGAUAAGAGUUUGGGAACGAGUUUUGCCUAUCCCAAAUGUGAUUCACGUGAUCUUGAUAAAGCAAAUGGUUUUCUUCUUUCAGUUGGUUGGACAAAAUUCAAGUCAUUUGCUUAUAAAUACAUUAGUGAUAAAGUCRAUGCUGCAACUGCUCGACAGCGGUGUCGUGAAUUGGCAGAAGGCGCAGAUYUGGUUUCCAUUAGCAACGCUGAAGAGCAACAGUUCGUUGUUAAUCUCUUCAAAGACACCAGCUGGGACUUCGUCUGGAUUGGUAUGAACGAUAUCAAUAAAGAGGGUACAUUUGUCUGGUAUGACGGCAGCCCUACUAAAUAUACGAACUGGGGCACGAAUGAACCCAAUGGUGGCACCAGAGAAAACUGUGUUCAGUUCUAURCACCAUUUGGCGUCCACUGGGUUGAUAAUAGCUGCCAGGCGUCAGCGACCUUUGUUUGUAAGAUUAACUGUCKUUUUUAGAGUGUUGAAAUAAAGAGAGGUACUUGUUKCUUAAAGGUCCAGUAUUACCCUGAAGGCUUUGCGACUGUUUUGUCUACAUUCUUGCCUUUGUAUGGUCGGUUUAGCCAUACAAACAUCAAAACUUGACUUGGCUUUGGUAAUUUUUAUUUCAUGCGUCACUGAAAGCUCAGAGGACUUAUUAAAGUUAUUUUAAUUGACAUUUCAAUAGCCUGAAAUAGCCGUCAAUAAUAAAAUUUCGUGUAACACGAGAUAAUGACGAGGCGCGCAAAGUAUCCAGGGUAAUAUUUUCAUGCGCAUGCGCACGUGUAUGRCCAUGAUGUAAUAAAAUGUGCUCACUUAAAUAGUUAAGUUUUGUGAUCUCUUUUACACAGUGUUAGCCUCAAUUGUGUGUAAAAUGUGCAGAAAUUUAGCUGACACUGAAUAAGUAUAGUAGAGGAUAUUAUAUUGGCGCUCGGAGGUACGGAUUUUAUCUUCGAGUGUUGAAAAGAUCUCUCACGAGUGAGCGUAGCGAAAAUUGAGGGACUUUCAACACGAGAAGAUAAAAUUCGUAUCUUCAAGCGACUAUGUAAUAUUCUGUUUAGCAGCAUACAAUUAUCAAUGGAAGCAAAUUAUGUUUUAAAAUACCUUUUAUUUACCUCCAAUAUUAUGGGCGUAUCCAGGAUUUGGGGGGGGGGGGGGAUCUUACAUAUAAAAUUGUCACUGUGACGUAAUAUGACGUCAACAUGAUGUCAUAUCAAUCUAUGGUUUUUACCCUUUUUUGGCUUUGAAAGGGGGGGUCACCGGCACCCUGUCUUCCUCCCCUGGAUACACCCCUGAUAAUAUAUAUGCGGAGUGUCUAAACGUCAGGCAGUCGAUUUUUUUGGUGAAAAAUCGUCGAAACAACUGUAAUUUCACUUCGCGGAUAAUUCGAAAUUUUACAUUACGUCGUUAUGGUAAAUCAUUGAGAUCACU